GGGGUCCCAGAUGGGGAGCCGGAGGGGUCAAACCGCGAUCGCAGUGCUUUUGAAUGCAACAUCUGCCUGGAGCCUGCCAGAGAAGCUGUCAUCGGCCUGUGCGGCCACCUGUACUGGUGAGCGAGGGAAAAGCUGGCCUUGCCUACACCAGUGGCUAGAAACUCAGCCGGAGCGUCAGGAAUGUCCUGUGUGCAAGGCAGGCAUCAGCCGGGACAAAGUCAUUCCUCUCUAUGGGCGUGGGAGCUCUGCUCAGCAGGAUCCCAGAUUGAAAACUCCCCCCAGACCUCGAGGGCAGCGCCCGGAGCCUGAGUCGCGAGGGCAGGGCAUCGGCAGUUUCCCUGAAGCAGCCACGGGCUUCCACAUGGCAUUUGGCAUUGGCGCAUUCCCUUUUGGCUUUUUUGCUACGGGCUACAGUGCUCCAGGAGAAAGAGCAGGUAAGGUCCUGCUGUAAAGGGUGGGGGUUCGGUGCUUACAGAAUUUUGGGGCUCUCCCUUGUAAGGCUGCGACAGGUCAGGAUGGGUGGGUAC